AUGAUUCGGUUACACUUAAAGGGUAGAAUAUGGAAGAAGAUAGUAUUUGCUUAUUAGGAUAUGUUACAAACUUUCGAUCCGGCUGACAAAGAGUUACUCAAGCACACAUACCAUAACACUAUCUUCAACAGUAAGGGUGUUAAAGUCUCAAAUUAUACGCGCAAGACAAGCCAGAAGAAAGCCUCCAAUGUGCAGUUCAAUUUGAACAAAAACGAAACUCUAUAUUAUUGA